AUGGGCCUGAUCCAUUCGCUGCCGGCGAACGUGGCCGAUGCUCGAGAGAGGUGGCAGCAGCGUCUGCGUCGCUGGCAGGCCGGCGAACGCUGUUCCGACGAAGAAGAAGAGGACGAAGGAGGCCUGAGCGAAGUGGUCGUCAUCGGCGGCGGCGACACGGGCGAGCCGGCAGGCGGAAAAGCAGCCUCGAUGCAGAAUCGACAAGCGAACCCGGCGGGCGACCGCAACGCAUCGCCCUGCAGGUACCUCCCCGAGGUGGACACGGACGACGCGGUGAAGAUCUGGUGCAGCCGCAGUCAGCCCAGCCAGGUGACGCCCAGCGGUCCCAGCGGUCCCAGCGCAUGGCUAACGGCCGAGCAGGAGCGCUCGAGCUCCAGCGGCAGCGAGUACGAGCCGGACGACGAGGAGGACGAGGACGAGGAAGAGGGGAGCAGCGAGGGCAGCACGGAGACGACGACCAGCUCGACGUCCACCAUCCCGUCGGGUAUGCUGCGUCAGUGGAGGCGCAUCCGCAAGUGCUACGCCGACAACCCCGACGUCAUCGGGGAGAUACACGUCUACAGGGUACUGACCUACAUGGGGCACCCCCACUGGCGUAAGAGCAGCUCCGUAGUAUCGCCGGCCGGAAACAGCCCGAACCUGACGACGGUGCUGCAGGCGACCAUGGCGCUGCGGUUGGAGGACCUGCGCCAGAAGAAGAUGCAGAUGGAGGCCGCCUGGCGGUCCAUGAUGAAGAACGCCCAACCCAUCAGCCGGGUCCUGCUCGAGGCCCAGCGCGCAGCCGUGCAGCAGCUCGAGAAGGAGCUGUUGUCGCUGCACCAGGCAAGUGCGAAGAUGGAGGCCCGCAAGACUCGACGUGCCAGGGGUGAAAAAACAGCCGCUGCGGAGCGUGCCGAAGACCAGUGA